AUGCCGGUAUUCUUCCACCUUACUCUCCAAAAGCCUACGGGCAUAACACAAGCUGUCCAAGGCAACUUCUCGGCACCCAAGGCACAGGAAAUCGUAGUAGUACGCGCUCAUACCCUCGAACUGCUUUCUCCUGAUGACAAUGGCAAGCUGCGUAGCCUCUGUGUCUGUGAGGUCUUUGGUAUUGUCCGUGUAGUCUCGACUUUCCGACUCACAGGCACACAACGUGACUAUCUCGUUGUUGGUUCCGACAGUGGUCGUUUGACAAUUUUGGAGUACUGCAACAAUGCCUGUACGUUUAAACGCGUCCAAUGCGAAACUUAUGGCAAAACUGGGAUACGACGUAUCGUACCCGGGCAGUAUCUGGCAGUGGAUCCCAAGGGUAGAGCUCUUAUUAUCGGCGCGGUGGAACGAGAAAAAUUCGUAUACAUUCUAAACCGCGAUAGCAAGGCAAACCUUACUAUAAGCUCUCCACUUGAGGCACACAAAAGUCGGUCAAUAUGCCACGACAUAGUGGGCCUAGAUGUGGGAUUCGAAAACCCAAUUUUCGUCUCAAUUGAGCAGAGCUACGAAGCAGUAGACGCUCUUCAAGUAGAUGAGGAUGAGGAACUUACAGAUGACGCACUUAAGAAAGGUCUCAGCUUCUGGGAGAUGGACCUCGGACUUAACCAUGUAACCCGUAAAAUGACACUACCGAUAGAUCUUAGCGCCCAUCAUCUUGUGGCCAUACCUGGUGGUGAUGGCCCAGGAGGGGUGAUCGUAUGUUGUGAAAACUUUCUCGUUUAUAAAAACAUGGAACACCCAGAGGUUUGCUGCGCGUAUCCGCGCAGGCUGGAAAUGGCGCAGGACAAACCUCUACUGAUCGUAUCUAGCGCUAUACACAAAAUUCGCGACUUCUUUUUCGUACUCAUCCAGUCCGAGUACGGAGAUAUAUACAAAAUUGAGUUGUUCCACGAGGACGGUAGAGUUAAGGAGAUCGUAUGCCGGUAUUUUGAUACGGUGCCCCUUGCUAACUCUAUAUGCAUCCUGAGAGCAGGUUAUCUUUUCGUUGCUGCAGAGUUCGGAGACCAUCUGCUUUAUCAAUUCACGGGUAUCGGUACUAACACAAAUGAUCCUAUGUGCAGCUCGAAUCACCCUCAGGGGGCGGAUGCAAUAAUAGCAUUCAAACCGAGAGUAAACCAGAAUUUACAGAUAGUGGACGAGCUCAGCUCGCUUAGUGCGAUUACAGACCUCAAGGUGGUUGACGUUCAGGGAUUAGGACAGCCACAGAUAUUCUUGGGUUGCGGUAGGGCUGAACGUAGCACUUUACGUGUGUUGAGACAUGGCCUUUCUGUUGAUGAGCUGGCAGACAACGAGCUUCCAGGUAGACCCAAACAGGUAUGGACGGUGCCUUCGAGCAUUGACAGCACUCACGACGGGUUCAUACUCGUAGGAUUUGAGGGUAACACCCUCGUUCUAUCAGUGGGUGAAGCCGUAGAGGAGGUCACAGAUUCGUGUUUCCUUACUUCAAUUACCACCCUACACGUUAGUAUGAUGGGUGACGGAUCGUUCAUUCAGGUUCACGAUGGCGGUGUACGCCACGUGUAUGACAUGAAGGUACGCGAGUGGAAGACGCCGACCGCGAAACGUGUCAAGGUCGCUGCGUCUAAUCAGCACCAAUUGGUGCUUGCACUUUCUGGAGGAGAGAUCAUUUACUUCGAGCUAGAUGAAUCGCAUACACUUGUCGAGGUGGCCAAGCGCAGCCUUAACGUGGAGAUUACUUGCCUAGGUUUACAACCCACGUCAAAAGGCAGGGUAAUGGCAAGUUUCAUGGCUGUUGGCGCACUGGACAAUCUAGUCCGUGUUAUUUCGUUGGACAAGCAUCUGAAACAGCACAGUACCCAGCUCCUGCCAAACAAUAGUACUCCGGAAUCAGUUUGUAUUACCGAAUUCGAGAUUGGCGCACAUGCGACAUUGAUGCUAGUUGUUGGUCUCAAUACUGGUGUAAUGAUCCGCGCCACUGUGGACUCUAUUUCAGGUGCGUUAAGUGACCAGUACACGCGAUUUCUUGGAUCUCGAGCGGUUAAAUUUAGACAAAUCAAGAACCAGGUCAUGGGCACUUCCGACAGACCAUGGCUUUUAUACGAAUACCAGGGUGUUGUGCAAUGUUUACCGUUAAGUUACGACAUGUUGGAAAGCGUUGCUUCAUUUUCCAGUGCGCUCUGUAGUGACGGUUACGUUGCAAUUUCUGGUUCAAAUUUGCGUAUUUUCCGGUGCAACAGGCUUGGUGAGGCCUUUAGUGAGCAUCAUAUUCCGCUGGACUAUACACCUAGGCGUCUAGUUCUAAUGCCCAAUGAGGCACCCACGCAAGGAGGUUUGAACUAUAUGGUGGCAGUGGUUGAGUCCGACCAUAAUGCCUAUGGUCCCGAGAAUGUGGCAGAGAUUUCCCGUACGCUGGACGCUAUAAAGCUGGACAAUGAAGUUGGAGAUCCUCUACCUCUUACAAACUUUAAAGCAGGUAACGGCAAAUGGGGAUCCUGUCUACGCGUAGUGAAUCCUUUGACUCUUGAAACUACCGUCAAAUUGCUGUUUGAGACUAAUGAAGCCGCUACCACCGCUGCCAUGAUGAUCCUAGAUGGUAUGCAAUGCCUGUGCGUUGGUACUGCGGUUGGUUACGACCUUACAAAUAGUGAUGAUGUGGAGUCUUACAUCCGUGUCUACUGCUACAAUGCAAGCUUUGAAAUCAAGUUGUUGCACACAACUCGUGUUGGCGGUGUCGUGCGAGCUUUAACGGGUUACGAGGGCAGGCUGCUUGCAGCCGUUGGUAAACGAAUCAGGCUGUAUUCGCUUGGAAAGAAGCAGUUAUUGCUCAAGGCUGAACACCGUACUUGUAGCGACCACGGUUUCAUUUGGUUGAAUACCGUGGGAUCGCGUAUAUUUGCUGGUGAUAUCCGUGAGGGUUUACAGAUAUUGCGUGUCAGGUUUUACAGCGAGGAGGCUGCUGACUUCGAAUGGAUAGGCGGUGCUACUGGUCCCCGUUGGUUGACGUGUUGCGCCCAGCUCGACUAUUCGACGGUGAUAGCUGGUGACAAGUUUGACUCUUUGUUUGUAUCUCGUGUCCCUCAGGAAGAGUCCACUCGGCAUAUUCAGAUGGAUAACGUUUGUCAGUUCCACCUGGGUGACCUUCCUACAGCUAUGGACAAGGCGUCUCUAUCUCCGUCUACUGCAGUAGUCCUUUAUGGCACAGUUAUGGGUUCCAUCGGCGCCCUUGUACCAUUCCAGUCUAAGGAUGAGUUGGACUUUUUACAGCACCUUGAGAUGUUAAUGGCAGCGGAGUCUCCUCCUCUUUGCGGUCGAGAACACAGCUUUUAUCGUAGCUAUUAUGUACCCGUGCAGCAGGUUGUUGACGGUGACAUGUGCGAGCAGUUCCGUCAUCUCACCGAAGCGCAGCAGCGCAAGAUAGCACAGCAGUUGGAUACAAACGUGAACAACGUGUUGCGCAAGCUUGAAGAUAUCAAGAAUCGUAUCAUGUAG